UAGCAAAGUUUAAAAUUCAACCAUUACUACCAAGCAAGGUAGCUAGGCACCCACAUCACACCUUCUUUAUAAUUUAUAUACAUAUAUAUACAUACAUACAGAGAGAGAGAGAGAGAGAGAGAGAGAGAGAGAGAGAGCAGUGGUGGCUGAGAUGGCUAAAGAAGAGGAGAAGAAGGUGAUUACUGCAGUUUACAAGGUUAAUCUGCAUUGCCCCAAAUGUGCAGAAGACAUUAAAAAGCCUCUCCUUAGAAUCGCAGGGGUCCAGAGUGUGGAUGUCCAGUUUGAGAAAGGGGAAGUUACAGUGAAAGGUAGCAUUGAUGAGAAGGAAAUGCAUAAACGGCUUGAGAAGUUGAGCAAGAAAAAGGUCGAGAUUGUUGAUAAUAAAGCAAAGAUCACCAAAGAAAAGGUGCGCACUACAACAAUCAAAGCUUAUUUGCACUGCAGCAAAUGUGAGGAUGGCCUGCGCAGGAAGUUGCUAAAGCAGAAAGGUAUUCACGAUGUUAAAAUGGACACAAAAGCUCAGACCAUAACAAUCGAAGGAAGUGUUGAGCCGGAAAAACUCUUGACAUUCAUGAAAGAGAGGGUGCACAAACACGCGGAGAUAAUACCUCUGAAGCAAGAGAAAAAAGAGGAGAAGAAAGAGGAGAAGAAAAAGCUGGAGAAGGAAGUGGACGAGGACAAGAAGAAGAAAGAAAACCAAGUCGAAAAGAAAGACAAGUUGUAUACAGUACAAGUUAAAAAGGCUGAAACCAAAAAGGUUGUUGAGUUUAAGGAAGAGAGGAAAGUGGAAGGAAAAACUCCAGAGGGAAACGUUCCGUACUUCGUUCACUAUGUUUAUGCUCCUCAGACGUUUAGCGAAGAAAAUCCAAAUGCUUGCUCAAUAAUGUAAAGAGUAUUUUAUCACCAAUUCCGAAGUAGUUCUACUUCUGAAUAUGUGAUGUGCCUGAAUAUAUGUUACAUAUAUGGGCAUAGUUUGUUGUUUUUGGUUUUUCUCCAUUUCAUCGAGGAAUGUACUUGAAACAACUUUGAUGCAAGUUGUAAUCUUAACAAUAAAGGAAUUCAUGAUGGCAUGCUGAUUUCUCA